CUAAGUAAGAAGACUCAGCUGAACACUGCAGCCUGGACCACCAGGGGGAGCCAAGGCCAUGUGUAGUCCUGAAUGAGUUAUGGGGCUGGAAGCCUUUGAGGAGGGAAUGCAGAUUCCAGCAAAUGCUGCAGCUCCUCCCUCAGAAAACACAGUCUGGGCGCACUGGGCUGUUGCUGGGCACUGCCCCUGGCUGUGUGGGAUCCAGGCACAAUUGCCACUCCUAGGAGUCAUGACCGGCCCGCUCCUGGUGCUCUGGGCAUCUCUGGUGUCUGUGGAGCUCACCCGAGGCUUGAUGGCCACAGAGGUGCCAGCACGAAAUCUGAGCUGCUUCCAGUGCUUCAAGGCUCGCAGGGCCAGCCAGUGUCAUCCCAUGGAGUGCCAGCCUAGCGAAAAAGUCUGCGUGAGCAAUGAGGUUCUUCUUUACACGAGUACAAAGAGCAGGACUCAGAUCAGCAAGCGCUGUGCCAUCACUUGUCCCAACUCCAACGAUCUCUUUGAGUGGUCAGUGAAAAAUAUUCAGGCCAGGAUCACCAGACGAUGCUGUUCAUGGGAUCACUGCAACAGAGCACCUGACAGCUGGGAGGGGUUCAGAGCCUUACCAGGGAGGCUCCUGCUGCCAAUGGGUCUGGGCCUCUUCUGCAUCCUGUUAUGAGAACCAUUGUCCUGGGAUACCCUUCCCUGACACACACAGCCUCAAACCCCACCUUCAUCCAUUCCAGGACUUGCAAGGCAAAGCACAGUCCCUGAGCUAGAAGGGAGGACACCAUACCUUUUGCUUAGGACCCAGCAGCCUGCUCCUACCUAACAUCCUGGCCCACAAAGAAUAAAACCCUUCUGCUCCUCAUGGAGAUGGACAAGGAAUUUUUCCAAAGCAGGCCACAGGCUUCUUCAAGAAAGCCCUGGACCUUCAGCACACGGUCAAGCACUGUGAGAGGCAGAUGGACCUGAAGAAGCCAGAGGUGCAGGACAUUCUGACACUGCUCUUCCUGGGUCCCCUGUUCAUGCACGGGAACUGGGACAUCUCACUCCUCAGAGACAGUAAACGGCUGCUUCCCCACA